AAACCUAUUUUCAAUUUACGAAUAAACAAAAUACUCGCUUGUCUAUUCCCACUUCGAUAUUUAAAUAUAUAAUUAUUUACGGCCAUCACGUUGUUGGCAAUUUAUUAGGGUAGUUUUUGUUAAUGUUUUAAUUAAAUAAUUUUAACAAAUAGGUAGAAAUGCGUUCAUUAAGAAUGUUAAUUAGUAUAAGUGCGUUAGUGGUGUGCUUGUCGCAAAUGACGAAGACCGAGAGGGAAGCGCUUGAAAUCGAAAGAAUAUUUGCGGCAUGCAAGAAAACAUCGCCAGACUUCGAUGGGUGUAUCAAGAGAGCUUUCAACAAGGUGCGACCCUAUUUUAAAAUAGGUAUCCCCGAAAUGGGCGUGGCUCCGUUCGACCCUCACUUCGCUCGGGAGGUGAAGCAGGUGCGCGCUAUCAACGGGGUCGGCUACACACUCACGCUGAACGACGUCUUUGAAAGGGGCUGGUCAAAUUCCGUUGUUACUAAAUACAAAACGGACUGGGAGAACCAGCGCAUAAUCUAUUCACAGUACUUCCCAGAAAAGUGGCUCAAUGGCGACUACGAGUUCAAGGGUGACGCAUUCGGCUUGGGCGUGCUCCGAUCUGGUCGGUGGAACAUGACAUUGCGCGACUACUCUCAAACGACGCGCAUCAAGCGAAACGGCACAGGGGUAGACGUGCACGUGGAAGUGGACCAUAUCGGCGACAUGGAGAUACAUGUGGGCAACCUCGUCCGGGGAAAUGGAAUACUCGGUACUUACAUGCAGCGCAUGUUGGACCGACUGAUCAAUGCCACAUGGAAGCCAGGCUUCGCAGUCAUUAGACCACUAAUUAACGACCUCGUCAGCACUGCCUUCACCGACAUCUGGAGCCACUCCUUCAAAGAUUUUCCCCUCGACAACUUCAUAAGAGACUGAUAUUGUUGUCUUGUUAAUAUUUAAGUUUUAAUUAAGUGUUGAAAUUGAAUAAGUGCCAGUUUGUGAAUACAAACGCUAAUAUAAUAAUAGAAUAAUUCGUCCACCUUAUAUUAAGGUUUAUGUACAUAUUUUGACAUUAAAACGUUUUGACCUUUAUCUAGUUCGUUUUUACAGAUGUAUAAUUAUAUAAAUUGUGAACUAGUUAAGCGUCUAAUUUGGUGUGGUUGUAGGACAGGGAGUUAUUACGGAAUAAAAGUCAGAAAUAUAUUACAUAUCUCAAUAUUAUAUUUAUUAAAAAAUAUAACCUAACUAUAUAUAUGACUUUAUAUUUAAAUUCAAUCAACAAAUAACUCGCACGUUCGUCGAAACUGGAAUAAUCAACCUCAGUCUUUCAACACAAAUGAAUACAAAUCAAACAGGCCUCACACCAACAACAAAUGGCGCAAACAAGCGUAUCGUUACUCCGAGCGUCCCCGCGCUCCCCCGCGCUCCCCCGCGCUCCCCCGCGUCCCUCCCGCGCUCACACACUAUAAAUACAUAUUUAACAUUGCACCUUCAAUUUGUUACAUUAAACCAGAUAAAGUAUUACACAAAACAUGCCGUCGAAAAGUCUCUGUUUCAUAUAACAACACUGGCUAGUUUGCAUCUUGGAGCAAACUUAGACUCGACUGGUUACAACCCGUUCAUUGACAAAGUUCACACUAGGCUACCUCGCGGAUUUAUA